AUUUCUAGGACACAUGUGGGGCAAUGACAUUGCGUACCGGAAAGGAUCAACGAAAAUCUGGGUACCCAAUUACCCUCCUUUGCGCCAGUUACUACUCGAAGAAUACCACGACGUCCUCUACGCCGGACACUUCGGUAGCAACAAGACGCUGACCGGUAUCGCAAAACACUACUACUGGCCUCACUUGGCAGAUGAUGUUCAGAACUUUGUCACCUCGUGUGAUACAUGUCAACGGAUGAAGAGCAGUAAGCAGAAGAAAGCAGGACUGCUACAGCCUCUUCCUGUCCCAGAACAGCCAUGGCAAGUGGUUAGCCUGGAUUUCAUCACCGGGUUACCACCUACCACUAGCGGUCAUGACGCAAUUCUUGUCGUCAUCGACAAAUUCUCUAAGAUGGGACACUUCAUCCCGACACACACGACGGCACGCACCGAGGAGACAGCACAACUCUUCGUUCGCUACAUCAUCUCACAGCAUGGCAUUCCAACUACACUCAUCUCCGACCGAGGCCCCAAGUUCACCAGCAAGUUCUGGAAGGAACUCAUGUCUCUGCUUGGCACCAAACUCGCCAUGUCAUCCGCAUACCAUCCGCAGACAGACGGACAGACCGAGCGCCUUAACCAGAUUGUGGAGCAACUCCUCCGAGCAGCCUGCAAGGACGAGAUCUCCAAAUGGGACUUGCACCUGCCCGUUCUGGAGUUUGCUUACAACAACGCCACACAUGCUGCUAUUGGACAGACGCCGUUCUUCCUCUGCUACGGACGCCACUCACUCACACCACAAAAACCGACAGCAUCCGCUACAACAGAAUAACACAAAACACAUUCCCAAACUCC